AUGUCAGGAUUCCAACGCUUCGCCGGCAACAGUGGCUCCAGCCAGAGUCAAACCGAGACCCAGGAGUCUCCAAAAACUGCAAUUGAUGGACGCGGCAAGGUAUUCAAGGUACCUGACUUCACCAUCAAAGACAUUCUUUCAGCCAUCCCUCCGGAGUGCUACCAGCGUAACCUGGCCACGUCGCUUGCUUACGUGGCCCGCGACAUUCUUCUGAUGGUAUCGAUGGGCUUGGUUGCACACGGCUUUGUGGCCCCAAGGAUCGCCUCAGCGGCCUGGAUUCUACGGUUCGCUUUCUGGAACGUGUAUGCGGCUGCCAUGGGUGCCGUAGGUACCGGGUUGUGGGUAUUGGCGCAUGAAUGUGGCCAUCAGGCUUUUUCGGACUACGGUGCUGUGAACGACUUUGUUGGCUGGAUUUUACAUUCAUACCUGAUGGUCCCCUACUUUUCAUGGAAAUACAGUCAUUCCAAACAUCACAAAACUACCGGUAAUUUGGACCGUGAUAUGGUUUUCGUACCCCCCACUAAGGAAGAAUUCAAGUCUUUUCGUGGAAUAACUGCGAAUUUGGCCGAAUGUACUGAAGAUUCACCCUUACGCACUUUAGGUGAGCUGGUCUUGCAACAAUUGGGGGGCUGGAUCGCUUAUUUGUUUACCAAUGUGACAGGUCAAAAACAUGAAGAUUCUCCUGCUUGGAAACGUAAUCAUUUCUGGCCAACGUCACCUCUUUUCGAGUCCAAGGACGCUGUGUAUAUUGCUCUAAGUGAUUUGGGUAUCCUCGUUCAGUCGUUGGUCUUAAGAAUGUGGUACGUGAGAUUUGGUGGCUGGUCACUAUUCAUUAACUGGUUCGUGCCUUAUCUAUGGGUCAAUCACUGGUUAGUGUUCAUCACGUACUUGCAGCACACUGAUCCAGCUCUUCCACAUUAUGAAGGUGCUGAAUGGAACUUCGCUAAGGGGGCUGCCGCUACGAUCGACCGCAAAUUUGGGUUUAUUGGCCCUCACAUCUUUCAUGACAUUAUCGAGACCCACGUCUUGCACCACUACGUCAGCCGCAUUCCAUUUUACAACGCUCGCCCUGCUACUGAAGCUAUCAAGAAAGUGAUGGGUGAUCAUUACCAAUUCAGUGACGAGAACAUGUUCAAGUCCCUGUGGAGUUCUGCUCGUGCUUGUCAGUAUGUUGAUGGCACAGAAGGUGUCAUGAUGUUCAGAAAUCUCAACAACCUCGGCGUUGGCGUGGGGGAGAAGUGA